GUUUUCAUGCGGGUCUGUUCUGUGAGCCUCGGCUCGGUAAUCGGAUUGCAGAGUGCGUCCUCCACUCGUGACGUCAUCGAACAUGGGCGUGGCCUCCAAUGUUUGGGAUAAAUGCGUCAAGUGGUGCGCAUGAAGGGAUAAAGGAUCGGUGGUGUUUAUUGUGUGAGUAAUAUAGGUCAAGGACGCUAAAGCUCAGAAGAGGUAGAGAGAGCUGCUGAAAAACGGUCGGGCUGCAGAAGUGUGAUGCUGGGCAGCGAGGACAAGGCAGAGGCCGUGCACAGGAACGGAGCCACUCAACCUACAGCACAGCAGCCUCUGAAGAAUUUAGGUAUCCAGGAUAAUGCAGAUGUAAAGACCAUGCUGCAUGGCUCCUCCAUGUUAAAGGUGCGUUCCCCUUGCUGGCAGAGGAAACGCAUGCUACAGCUGCAGGAUGAUGGCGUCACAGUGCGUUGUGAAUCCAGUGGUACCUUCAGCAAGACCAAAACCUUCUCGGUAAUGGAGGUGGAGUGUGUGCGUGAGGGCUGUCAGUCAGAGACCCUGCGCAGGCUGGCUGGCUCUGUCCCAGAGGACCAGUGUCUGACCAUUGUCUUUAAGGGAGCGAAGAAGAGUUUGGACUUGCAGUGUGAGAGUGUAGAGGAGGCACAGCACUGGGCCCGGGGGAUCUGCACCCUACAAGAUCGAAUCAACAACAUGAGUCAUACUGAGAAACUCGACCACUGGAUACAUGGCUACCUGAAGCAGGCAGAUUUAAACCAGGAUGGGAAGAUGUCUUAUGAAGAAGUGCAGACACUCCUCCAGAUGAUCAACAUAGACCUCGAUGAGCAAUAUGCCCUUCAAUUGUUCAAGAAAUGUGACCGCUCAGCGGACGAUCGUCUGGACCACAGUGAGAUCGAGCUGUUUUGUCGUGAGCUGUUGCGUCGACCCGAGCUAGACGCAGUGUUCCGGGAAUACUCGUCCAACGGCCGUGUGCUGUCCACUGUGGAUCUGUGUGAAUUUCUGAAAGACCAAGGAGAAGACAACACCCUUGUCCAUGCGCAGAGUCUCAUCCUUACUUAUGAACUCAACGAGUGGGCUCGGAAAAACCAGCUCAUGACAGCAAACGGGUUCACCAUGUACAUGCUGUCGAAGGAGAAUGUUGUGUUCGAUCCAGAGCAUGGCUUAGUGUAUCAGGAUAUGAGCCAACCGCUCAGUCACUACUUCAUCUCCUCUUCCCACAACACCUACCUUACCAAAGACCAGGUCAUGGGCGAGAGCAGUGCCGAGCCGUAUAUCCGAGCUCUUAGCCAUGGCUGUCGCUGUGUUGAGCUCGAUUGUUGGGAUGGAGAUAGAGAACCGGUGAUUUAUCAUGGCCAUACCCUUACUUCCAAAGUACCUUUCAGAGAGGUGGUGGAGGCCAUUGCUGAGUAUGCGUUUAAGGCCUCUCCUUACCCUCUGAUUCUGUCUCUGGAGAAUCACUGUUCAGUGGAACAGCAGGAAGUUAUGGCCCAGCAGCUGCGCUCUAUCCUGGGGGAUAAACUGCUCACUAAACCCCUUAACAAUCAUAAGUGUGACAGCCUUCCCUCACCAGAGGAGCUGAAAGGGAAAAUCCUGGUGAAGGGAAAGAAGGAACAAGUGGAGCAGGAGGACUCCAGUUCAUCUGAGUCCAGCUGCUCUGAAGAUGAGAGUAAAGCUGAGGGCAAAGUCAAGGCAAAGAAAGAGAGCAAGAAGUGUACGUGUGCUUCUUCUCCGAAGGUGUCUAAGCUGAGUCCAGAGCUCUCUGACCUGGUAGUGUACACUUGCAGCGCUCCGUUUAAAGGCUUUGAUCAGGCAGCCAAGAGACCUCCUUUUGAAAUGUCCUCCUUCUCUGAAAGCAAAGCUCUUAGGCAUAUCAAAAACUCAGGGAAGUUUUUUGUACGGCAUAACAGCUGGCAGCUCAGCAGGAUCUACCCUUCUGGUCAGCGCCUGCAGUCCUCCAACUACAACCCUCAGGACAUGUGGAACGCCGGCUGCCAGAUUGUGGCACUAAACUUCCAGACACACGGGGAGCAGAUGGAUCUAAAUCAAGGGCGCUUCUUACCCAAUGGACGCUGCGGAUAUGUACUAAAGCCCAGCUUUCUGUGCCAGCCUGACUCCGAGUUCAAUCCUGAAAACACGGGGGGAGGACCAGGACACAACCCUACUCUCCUCAUUAUUAAGGUCAUCUCAGCCCAGCAGCUGCCUAAGCCAAACACAGAGAAACUCAAAUCUAUUGUUGACCCUAUGGUCUGGGUGGAGAUUCACGGGGCUCCCAUAGACAACAACAAGAAAAAGACACACCGCAUUGACAAUAACGGCUUUAACCCCAGGUGGGACUGCACCUUUAAGUUUCUGUUACAUGUGCCAGAGCUGGUCCUAGUUCGCUUUUUAGUGGAGGAUCAUGACUACACAGCACGAAAUGAGUUCCUGGGCCAGUUCACUCUCCCAUUCACCAGCAUGCGCACAGGUUACAGACAUGUGCGGCUACUGAGAGCAGACGGUUCAAGACUUACGCCUGCCAGCCUCUUCAUUCACGUCAAGGUCAAACCCAAUUACAGCAGCCACAAGCAUGUCAUGUCAACCAAAGCCUAGUCAAACACAGGAAAUAUAAUCAUCCAGCACCUGGACUACUGACUGGGUUACAACGGUUGAUAUUUUAAUGUACAGUAAUAAUGACUUAAUUUAUAUUCUGUCUGUGUGUUAUUGUUUAUUCUUUAAAUAGGGAACUCAAUGAGAAAGAUGCGAUGCAAAUUAAUCACAGAGACCAAACACAAAAAGCUGAGGAGUAUAUUCACUGCAGAAUAUAAACCAGGUUUGUCUCAAUAAAGCCAGAGGUUUUUCAGGUCCCCGCAUUGCCACAGGGGAUUAUAUGCAUUAAUGAAGUAACAAAACCGGUCAAGAUAUUUAUUAUGUAAUUAUAUAAUGUCUUUAGAAAUGAUGAAACAAUACAGUAGGUUUCAGGUUUUUUUUUUGUCAUGUAACGUGUCAAAUGUAGCAGUAUUUAUUAAAAUCCUUUAGGUAUCUCUUGCAACUGAAGAAUACUGUUGUUUAAAAUGACACUGUGCUUAAACUGAGCAUGAUGAGGUUUCGAGAGCAUUGUGGUGCUCAUGGAUUGCAAAUGUAGCCUUUUUUUUCUCUCUUGAUUGUUGGGAAAGAGUUGUUGGCAAAAAGCAUAUUGGCAAUGUGAUCAUAAAAACACUGAAACUGGACAGAAAAAAUGUCUUGCUAAAAAUGUACCAUCCAGUACAAACCUUUCAGGGCUGAUAUGAACAAUGCUGUUUAUUUUAUAUAAUAGGUUAAAAAAAAAAAAAAAACUUAACUGCUGAAGUAAUCUUUUUGACAUGAUGGUGAUGAUCUGCAUCACUCACUGUUAUUCCUGUCUAUUUGUCAUAUUUAUAUUAUUAUAAGUUUAAGGAUUACUAAUCAAAAUUCACAAUUCUGUUGUUUUGGACAGAACCUGAUGUUUGCAUGUGUGAAUAUUCUGAAUAAUUUAACAUGUACAUGAGACCCUGCUUUAAAAAAAUGUAUAUGGCUAUUACAGCCCUGACUACCAUUCCUUAAGUAAGUAACAUUCCAUCUGCACACAUGCAUUGUUUUAGCUGUAGAACCACAACCUUAUUAUAAUUAUAAGUUUAAUUUUGGAGGUCAGGUUCUUUUAACUCUGAUAAAGCUGAGACACCAGCAUCUGUUUUUAGACAGUAUAUAGUCCCCCCCCCAUUUAAUUCUGAGACUGAUAAAAUCAUACAUUCUUUUUGUACAACAAUCCUAAUGCUUUUAAAACCUUGUUGAACAGGUCUGCCAGAUGUGUUGGAAUUAAGAAGCACUUCAUUAUUUUGUUUAGUUAUCAUGUGCUAGUAAAUGCAAAUUAGUAAGGAGAAAUGAAAACCCUUGCUGUUUUUGUUAUUUGAAAAAUGUGAUGGUAAUGGUGAAAAGGGAAACAGCUUAUUUGCACUGUUGAAGAAGCCAUACUGUUACCUAUGUGAGAUGUAUGUAUUACAGCCAUCAAUAAGUCUAUAGAAUUGUCAUGUACUGUACUGUAAUGCCAAAAUAUUUCAUUUGUAAUCUCCAAAUAUACAUAAUAAACACUUUUUUUUGUUGUUAAA